AUGACUGGUCUAUCAAAUUUAUUGAAUUCGGAAGAUUUACUGAAUGCUCCUUUGAAGACAAUUGAGCAGUCUUCGGAUCAAGAUAGCACUAAAGGCACAAUCACUCCUACACGUACAUUAUCAUCACAAUCGUCACCACAAUUACCUUUAAUGUCGGAGUCUGAAAAAUCUAUACUGUCAAAGACUAGUUAUAGACCUUUGGUAAGGUUAAGAGAUCGACUUCCUAAAUCAAAAGUUAACAAAAAGAUACUUGCCUCCAAAAGAUUUGUCAAACUAGCGAUUAGAAGAAAAUAUUCUACCAAGAAAACGAAAACUGAUACCAAACAGUCUAAACUACAUAUAAAAUCUUUAAAAGCUGGCAUUAAAGUGAAAAUGACUUUAUCGAAAAACUUAUUUUCCUUGUACCAUUGCUUGAUACCAUUUACAGAUGAUCGCACAAUGUACACUUUGUUUAAUGAUGACAGUAGUAGAACCCAAAUGGCCAACCUUAAUCUGUCAGUAUCGGAAAAGACUUUGAUUUCUCGGGGUUUGCAACUAAUCAAUAAUAAUGUUGUUGAUUUAAAUGAUUAUUCAAAUAAGUUAAUUCGAUCAUUCACAAACAAGGCGAACAAUACCACUCCAACGUUUAACUCAUUGGAUACUGCUCUCAACACAUUGUUUGAGACCAAGAAUUUUACUUUAGUUAGAAUUACUCGUUCGACUACUGAUGAUGUUCAUGGCAGCUCUAUUUUAAAGUUGGAAACUGCAACUCCGGGUGAUUUCAAUUUAAUCGACGAUGAAGAAAAUGGAGAUGAAAUGUUGCAUAGUCUCGGCAAAGAAGGUGAAGUACCCAAUAAUUUGUUUUUCAAGAAAAUUAUUGCCAGACCAAGGUAUAAGUCCAAUAUGAAAAUCUAUUUUAUCCCCGAGGUGGCAAAUUAUUCAUUAUAUACCGAUGAAAGAAUGCUUGAACGGGACUUGUACAACGGAAUCAUUCAAUUAGAAUUUGAAAAUAAUGAUUUGAAUGAUCUAAAUGUUAAACGAUCUAAUGGGUAUUCGAGAAAUGUUUUCUGUUCUUUUUGUUAUGAUCAAGUGUUAAGAGAUUAUAAGAGAUCGUUAUUUGAGAGUGAUGUUGCUGAAGUGUCUCCAUCCAACGUUCAAUUUAUAGCACCAUUGGCCAAUCCACCUCUGCAGUUGCAACCUGGAGCUGUUCUGGUACCACCUGCAUUACCUGCUGCAAAUGCCCUUUUCCCAACAGCGCCAAAACUACAGCAAUCACCAUUUACUCAAAGAGCACAAUCGAUAGACGACACGAUGAUGGUUUCUUACAAUGACCAACAAUAUCCACCUUACCGUCCAAGCAUUCCUUUGAAUAGAAGGCCAAGUUUACCAAUGCCCAAACCACCACCAGCAUUUAUCCAACAACCUCAAUCCUUUAAUGUUGUUACAAGUAAUUCAAUGCCUUCCAUGAUGCCUUAUCCAGCAACAGUUCCAAAUACUUUGCCCUUGGUAAACUUUAACCAAUUAGUUCCCCCGCACCAACACCAAUUCCAUCCAGAGCCACAACCAUUACAACAGCCGCAUUUCGCAAAUCACCAUCAACACCAAUAUCCUACACUACCACCACAUUUACAACAGCAUCCUGUAGUAUUACCCCAAACUCCUCGUUCUUCUUCUGUGCAAGAUGGAGUUAUAGGAUUGUUAAGACCAGUCAAUGAGAGAAAGUUCCCACCAUAUCCGGAUAUGGUGGAUACACGAUACAUGUCGAUCCCAGAAUAG